GGUUUGCUCAUACAAAUCACUGCUUGAGAAACUUCCAGUACAAAGUUACCUAAAGACUUAAAAAUGCCUCCACGACCGUCAUCUGGUGAACUAUGGGGCAUCCACUUGAUGCCACCAAGGAUCCUUGUGGAGUGUCUUCUCCCAAAUGGAAUGAUUGUGACUCUAGAAUGCCUCCGUGAGGCCACCUUACUGACUAUUAAACACGAACUCUUUAAAGAAGCGAGAAAAUACCCGCUCUAUCAGCUCCUUCAGGAUGAAUCUUCUUACAUUUUUGUAAGUGUUACGCAAGAAGCAGAAAGAGAAGAAUUUUUUGAUGAAACACGGAGACUUUGUGACCUACGACUAUUUCAGCCUUUUCUAAAAGUCAUUGAACCAGUAGGUAACAGAGAAGAAAAGAUUCUUAAUAGAGAAAUAGGUUUUGCUAUUGGCAUGCCUGUCUGUGAAUUUGACAUGGUUAAGGAUCCAGAAGUACAAGACUUCAGAAGAAACAUUCUUAACGUUUGUAAAGAAGCAGUGGAUCUUCGAGAUGCCAACGCACCACAUAGUAGAGCGUUAUAUGUCUGUCCUCCAAAUGUAGAGUCUUCACCUGAGCUACCCAAACACAUAUACAAUAAACUAGAUAAAGGGCAAAUUAUAGUGGUGAUAUGGGUAAUAGUCUCACCAAACAAUGACAAGCAGAAAUACACCUUAAAAAUCAAUCAUGACUGUGUGCCUGAGCAAGUUAUUGCUGAAGCAAUUAGGAAGAAAACACGAAGUAUGUUGCUGUCGUCUGAACAACUGAAACUUUGCGUCUUGGAGUACCAGGGCAAAUAUAUUUUAAAAGUGUGUGGCUGCGAUGAGUACUUGCUGGAAAAAUAUCCACUGAGCCAGUAUAAGUACAUAAGAAGCUGUAUAAUGCUGGGUCGCAUGCCCAAUCUGAUGCUGAUGGCAAAGGAAAGCCUAUAUACCCAGCUACCACUGGACACCUUUACAAUGCCAUCUUACUCCAGGCGUAUCUCUACAGCUACACCCUACAUGAAUGGAGAAGCUACAGCCAAAUCCCUCUGGACUAUAAAUAGUGCCCUCAGAAUAAGAAUCCUCUGUGCAACCUAUGUAAAUGUGAACAUUAGAGACAUAGACAAGAUCUAUGUUAGAACAGGUAUCUACCAUGGAGGGGAACCUUUGUGUGACAAUGUGAAUACUCAGAGGGUACCUUGUUCUAAUCCCAGGUGGAAUGAAUGGCUUUUGUAUGACAUGUACAUUCUGGAUCUUCCGCGUGCUGCUCGGCUCUGCCUUUCUAUCUGUUCUGUUAAAGGCAGGAAGGGUGCUAAAGAGGAGCACUGUCCGUUGGCUUGGGGAAAUAUAAACAUGUUUGACUACACAGACACUCUUGUAUCUGGGAAAAUGGCUUUGAAUCUUUGGGCAGUACCUCAUGGUCUGGAGGAUUUGUUGAACCCUAUUGGUGUAACUGGAUCAAAUCCAAAUAAGGAAACUCCAUGUUUAGAGCUGGAAUUCGAUUGGUUCAGCAAUCCUGUAAAGUUCCCAGAUAUGACGGUGAUCGAAGAACAUGCCAAUUGGACUAUAUCACGUGAACUGGGGUUCAACUACAGCUACGCGGGGCUGAGUAACAGGAUAGCUAGAGAUAAGGAAUUAAGAGAAAGUGACAAGGAGCAACUGCGAGCCAUAUGCACACGAGAUCCUUUGUCUGAAAUCACUGAGCAAGAGAAGGACUUCCUCUGGAGCCACAGGCACUAUUGCGUGAAUACUCCAGAAAUUCUGCCCAAGUUACUUUUGUCUGUUAAAUGGAAUUCUAGAGAUGAAGUGGCCCAGAUGUACUGUUUAGUAAAAGACUGGCCUCCAAUCAAGCCAGAGCAAGCAAUGGAGCUCUUGGACUGCAAUUAUCCAGAUCCAAUGGUGCGAGCUUUUGCAGUUCGGUGUCUGGAGAAGUACUUGACAGAUGACAAACUGUCUCAGUACUUAAUCCAGCUAGUGCAGGUUCUGAAAUAUGAACAGUAUUUAGAUAAUCAGCUUGUGAGAUUUUUACUCAAGAAGGCACUAACCAAUCAAAGGAUAGGACACUUCUUCUUUUGGCAUUUAAAGUCUGAAAUGCACAAUAAAACCGUAAGUCAGAGGUUUGGUUUGCUUCUGGAAUCCUAUUGUCGAGCCUGUGGAAUGUACCUAAAGCACCUGAGCAGGCAGGUGGAGGCUAUGGAGAAGUUGAUUAACCUCACAGAUAUUCUCAAGCAGGAAAAAAAAGAUGAGACCCAGAAGGUACAGAUGAAGUUUCUUGUUGAACAAAUGAGACGGCCAGAUUUUAUGGAUGCCUUACAAGGUUUUAUUUCUCCGCUUAACCCUGCACAUCAACUGGGAAAUCUGCGGCUUGAGGAGUGCAGGAUAAUGUCAUCUGCAAAAAGGCCCCUGUGGUUGAACUGGGAAAACCCAGAUAUUAUGUCUGAAUUGUUAUUUCAGAACAAUGAGAUAAUCUUUAAAAACGGAGAUGACUUGCGUCAGGACAUGCUGACACUUCAGAUAAUUAGAAUCAUGGAAAACAUCUGGCAAAAUCAGGGCCUGGAUCUUCGGAUGUUGCCUUAUGGCUGUUUGUCUAUUGGUGACUGCGUGGGACUCAUCGAAGUGGUGAGGAGCUCUCAUACCAUCAUGCAGAUUCAGUGUAAAGGAGGCUUGAAAGGAGCGCUGCAGUUCAACAGCCACACGCUGCAUCAGUGGCUCAAGGACAAGAACAAAGGAGAAAUGUAUGAUGCAGCUAUUGACUUGUUUACACGUUCCUGUGCUGGCUACUGCGUUGCUACCUUUAUACUAGGCAUUGGUGAUCGCCACAAUAGUAACAUCAUGGUGAAAGAUGAUGGACAACUGUUUCACAUUGACUUUGGGCACUUCCUCGAUCACAAGAAGAAAAAAUUUGGUUAUAAGAGAGAGCGUGUGCCAUUUGUCUUAACACAAGACUUUUUAAUAGUCAUCAGUAAAGGAGCCCAAGAAUGUACCAAAACGAGGGAGUUUGAAAGGUUUCAGGAGAUGUGUUACAAAGCUUAUUUAGCCAUUCGGCAGCACGCCAAUCUCUUCAUAAAUCUGUUCUCCAUGAUGUUUUUAGGAAUGCCAGAACUGCAGUCCUUUGAUGAUAUUGCAUACAUUCGAAAGACCCUUGCAUUGGACAAAACAGAGCAGGAAGCUCUUGAGUACUUCAUGAAGCAAAUGAAUGAUGCUCACCAUGGCGGUUGGACAACGAAAAUGGACUGGAUCUUCCACACAAUAAAGCAGCAUGCUUUGAACUGAGAUGAAAGCAAAGAAAACAAGAACUGGUAGCCUGCUUUGUGGGUACUGCACUGUUAAUACCCGUUAGCAGCAAAGACUGGUUGCAUAGGAAUUGCACAAACCACGAACAACGUUAGAAUUUCUGGCAAGAAAUAGAUGAACUGUUCAGACAACUGUUGGGAAAAAAAAAGUGAUGUGAAACAGGGUUUCAGAUGGCACUAAAAUUGUACAUUCAAAAAUUAAGCUUUAGUAUGAUGUGUGACUUCAUGUUAUGCCUUAAGCCCAAAAGAUGAAUUUGGAAGGUUUCCUUUUUUCAUUUGAGAGGAUAAAUGAGAAGGAAAAAGAAAACAGUGCUAGCAUGAGCAUAAGAGUCCAUCACAUAUUACCUU